AUGACGCGCAUUCUUUUAGUGCUCGCUUUGAUUCUGCAUAUCUGCUUUGCGGACUACAGUAAAUAUCAAUUGGAUACUUUCAAGGACAUAAGUAUGCAGUGUUACCGGAAUCUGGGUAUUCCUGAAGAUUCGGAUAUCUUGCAACGUAUCGAAUACAACAGGAACAUAACGGAGGACCCUUUGAUAAAGGAAUUCCUUCUGUGUGGGCAAAAACUGCUCGGUUGGAUCGAUACCGAUGGAAACUUUCAGAAUGAAACCAUCAUAAGGUUUUUCAGUGAUCGUUACGAUGCCGAACAGGUCAAAGAAGUGGUCGAGCUGUGUGUUUUGUCCGGUGGAGAGACUGUUCUCGAUAAAGUUUACAACUUUCAUCAGUGCUAUUUUAAGCAUAAAAAGUAUGCACUGUAA